CCAAAAGCCUCCUGUAGGAGGACACGCCCGACCUAAGCACAGACAACGGGCUGGGUGUCACCCCGCCGCAAGGCUGGCGCAGCUGGAACGCGUACACGUGCACCGACAGCUCGCCAACGAAGCAGCGCGGCGGGAACAUUUUGACGGACGAGGCCAUGCUGAGGGCCAUGGACGCCGUUUUAGACAAGUCGCGCAAGGUGGACGGAACGCGGCGGAGCCUCAAGGAGCUCGGCUUCUCGUGGGUUUCCAUGGACGAUGGCUGGCAGCAGUGCAACUGCUCCACUCGCCAGGCAAUCGACCCAGGCCUGCCAAAUUGCUCAAUCGGGGACUGCCGUUCAGGGCACUGCUCGUGGCACGACAAGAUGGGCGAGCCAUUGGUGAACUCGCACCGUUUCCCCAACGGCAUGAAGAGUAUCGUGGACCAUGGCCAUUCUCACGGCUUGAAGGUGGGAACUUAUUUGAACAAUUGCAUCUGUAUGGAAGAGGGCCACGCUCACUAUGAGCAGGACGUGGAGUGGAUGAUGUCACUAGGCUUCGACGGCGUCAAGAUUGACAAUUGCGGUAGUUCGCACAACGUCAGCCGCUUCGCCGAGCUCUUCAACAAGACAGGCAAGCCGAUCCGCAUCGAGGAUUGCCACACAAGCCCCAACCACCCGCACAUCGAGCAGGAUGGCUCCAUCGACUGCCCUAUGAACAUGUACAGGAGCGGCGGCGACAUCGCGCCGAAUUUCGAUUCUGUGAUCGGCGAAAUCUACAGCACCGUUCCCUAUAGCGACCGCUCCAUCCCACUGUCGCGACCAGGCUGCUGGGCCUAUCCGGAUAUGAUGCAGAUCGGGAACUUCGAGGGGAAGGAGCCACUCAGGACGCACCAGGAGAUGUCGCAUUUUGGUCUUUGGUGUAUUGUCUCGUCGCCCCUCGUUCUCGGCUUCGACAUGGGCGACCAGGAGGCGAUGGAUCGCGUGUGGCCCACCAUCACUAACCCUGACGCUCUUUUGGUGAAUCAGGAGUGGGCGGGCCACCCAGGCACUCUCGUCAAAGCGUAUCCAGCCUCUGACGAUUCUGGCCUGCGCAUGGUUGCCCGAGCGCCUUGCCCUGAGGGGUCCGCGCCCGAGGCAGCUGCGACCGUGCAGGGCUGGCGCUUCGAUGGGCCGAGGCUGGUGAGCCCUGACGGCCUCUGCCUCCACGGCAAGCGCGGCGUCGACUGCCCACCUGCAACGACACGCACAGGCGACAGCCAGUGUGGCCUCGCCCUGGCCAACUGCUCCAGCGUGCCGGGCGCCUGGCGACUGGACGCCACGUCGGGCGCACUGGAGUGGCGACAGAAGCCAGAUGGCGCAGCGGACGGCGCGGAGUGUCUGGCCUCGACCCCGGGCGUCGCCGCGCACGACCGGGACGUCAAUGGCAGAGGUCCAGUGUCUGCGCAGGUGUCGCUCGGCAAGUGCCCUCCGCUGGGGCACUUCUCCAACAGCAGCGUCUUCCACUUGAGAGGCGGGCUGCUGCGUGUGGGCUCAGGGGGCGCCUGUCUUGCCAGCGCCCCGCAACCCGGGGUACAGCUCUGGGCCAAGCCGCUGCAGCGCGGGAGGGUCGCGGCCUUGCUUCUGAACCCGCUCACCAUGGCGCAGUCUGCAGAGGUGCCCCUGGCAGACCUUCCAGGCACUCCUUGCCGGCCCAGCGCAGGUGCCUCUUGUCUUCUACGAGACGUCUGGGCGCGCCAGGACGCCCCGCUGACCGCAGACCGAGUCACGGUCCACCUGGCAGCUCACGAGAGUGCCUUCUACAUCUUGUCGCGUGGAGGUGCGGCGCCGCAACCCUUUGUGGCAGUGGUGUGACGUGGCCGCCGGUGCGCGCACAGCGAGGCUGCGGGUUCGCACCGCGAGAGGGGCGGCUUCUGCGGGGGAUGGGCGUGGGCGUGGCUGGCAGUCGAACGCCUCGGCCAAGACUGCGUUUGAAACGUUUGAAACAAAAUAUUGGGAAGCCCUCGAGCAAUGUGCAACUGGUAGAGGGUCUUGGCUUAGAGUUUUCCGCAGGUUGCCACGCAGUUUUUGGCUGUUUGUCCCCCGUUUCGUCGGCGAGAUGUUAGUAAGUAGCGUGAUGUUUCGAA